AUGUCUGGCGACAUCUUCGACAAAGAUACCGCUGUCGCCGAUACUUCAGCAACACCAGGAACCGCCACAUUGUCAUCGUCACGGCCGCACACUCCUGACAAGCCCCCCGCGGUUGAAGACGUCGAAUAUCAAGAUGAUCGCACCUCAGCAUCCUCAGCAUCCUCAGCGUCGACGCGCUCUGACUCGAUCGCCUCAGUCGCAGACGCCCGCCCCUCCAUCCACGAGACGUGGAGCAGAAACACGGGACACGCCUGGCCCGGCGACAAGGUCGAGGCCAUCACCACUGUGACUACCAAUGCCACCCAAGACCCACGCUUCGAAGUCGACUUUGACGAUGACGGCGAGAACCCCCAAGACUGGUCCAUGGCCAAAAAGUCUCUCAUCAUCUUUCUCAUGAGCUUCUCCACCUUGGUCGUUGUCAUGUACUCGACUAGCUACACCAGCGGUAUACCAGGCAUGAUGGCCACGUUCGGCAUACGAUCAAAGACACUCGUCAUUCUGGGCAUCACAACGUACCUAUGUGGUCUUGCAGUUGGAUCGCUGCUCCUCGCGCCUCUUAGUGAGAUGUAUGGGCGGAGGCCAGUAUACCUGAUUGCUGUUGCCGCCUUUACCAUUCUGAUCAUACCAUGCGCCCUAGCAAACAACCUCGCACAGAUUCUUGUCCUGCGCUUCUUCGGCGCUAUUGCAGGAGCUGCCAUGAUCUCCAACGCCCCAGGUACCGUCUCAGAUAUCUCACGAGAAGAGUACCGUGCCCUGGCCUUUUCCAUCUGGUCUUUGGGACCCAUGAAUGGUCCCGUUGUCGGACCUGUCAUUGGUGGAUUCGUUUUCCAGGCUUUGGGCUGGCGGUGGACAAACUGGGUCGUCAUGAUUGGUUCUGGGGCAUCUUGGUUCAUGGUCUUCAUGAUCAAAGAGACGUAUGCGCCAGCGAUCCUUCGCGCGAAAGCUGCAAAGAAACGCAAGGAGACCUCUGAUCCGCGAUAUCAUUCACGCUAUGACGACAAAAAGGCAUUCUGGCCGCUCUUGAAGGAAAACCUAUAUCGCCCUUUGAGCAUGGCCGUCAACGAGCCCAUUUGCAUAUUUUGGGACGUCUACAUCGCAUUGGUCUAUGGAGUCUUGUACCUCUGCUUUGUAUCGUAUCCCAUCGUUUUUGGCGAGCUACGAGGCUGGUCGUCUGGACUAGUUGGACUUGGGUAUAUGGGCAUUGGUAUUGGCGGCGUCAUCACCAUAGCUUCUGAGCCACUCCUGCGUCGUCUAAUCAACAGUCACAAGAAGGAUCCCGAAACGGGUAAACCGUAUCCAGAGGCCAUGGUCAGCGUUGUCGUCAUUGCAGCAGUAUGCGUUCCGAUUGGCGAGAUGAUCUUUGCGUGGACUUGUACCCCUAACGUCCAUUGGAUUUUCCCUCUUCUCGCUGGUAUUCCCUUUGGCGCUGGCAACUGUGGUGUCUUCAUCUACGCUUCAAAUUACCUUGUCCAUUCCUAUGGCAUCUACGCGGCCUCUGCACUUGCCGGAAACGCGGUUCUUCGGUCUGCAAUGGGCGGCACCCUCCCCUUGGCUGGCCCCAAAAUGUAUCAGACUCUUGGUCCGCACUGGAGCGCCACCAUGCUCUCACUGAUAGAAUUUGCCAUGAUACCUAUCCCAGUCGUCUUCUACCUAUACGGGCAUAAGAUUCGGGAAAAGAGCACCUUGAUCAGGCAAAUGAGAGAAGACAGGGAGAAGAUAGAGGGCAGGAAGAGGAGAGCCGCGGAGAAGGGUGCGAGGUUGAGAACUGGAGAAGACACCAAGGCCAAGGACCUAGAAAAGGGGAUGGAUGUUUGA